GCAGGCUGCAGCUCUCUGGCGACUAUUCUCUUUUUAUUCAUCUUUCAGGCGGCUCUUCUACAAGGUAAGCACUUUUCCUUCCUCUGUGUUGGUAGCGGUGAUGGAGGAGGAUUGGCCGAGCGUGCAUCCUGUUGCUGUCAGCCCUGGCGAAGGUUUCAUGCGGCUAAAAUGCGAGGCGAGCGUGAUUAAGGAGCUGCACAGAUCCCAGUGGUGAGUCAGAACCUGGUGACGGACAACGUGUCAGUGGUGGAGGGCGAGAUGGCCAUCAUCAGUUGUCGGGUGAAGAACAACGACGACUCGGUCAUCCAGCUGCUCAACCCCAACCGACAGACCAUCUACUUCAGGGACAUGCGGCCAUUGAAAGACGCCCGCUUCCAGCUGGUCAACUUCUCCGACAAUGAACUGCGCGUGUCGCUGUCCAACGUGUCGCUGUCGGACGAGGGGCGGUACGUGUGUCAGCUCUACACCGACCCGCCGCAGGAGGCCUACGCCGAUAUCACCGUGCUGGUUCCUCCCGGUAACCCCAUCAUUGAUGCCCGCGAUGAGGUUCUGAGUGAGGGCAACGAGACGGAGAUGACCUGCACCGCCAUGAGCAGUAAGCCUGCCGCAAGCAUCAGAUGGAUGAAGGGCGAUAAGGAGCUGCCGGGAAAGCCCAAAGUGGAGCUGACGUACGACAGAAUGUACACGGUGACGAGCCGGCUCACGUUCACCGUCAACAAGGAGGAUGACGGCGUGCCAGUGGUUUGCAUCGUGGACCACCCUGCAGUCAAGGACUUCCAAGCACAGAAAUACCUGGAAGUGCAGUACAAACCCGAGGUCAAGAUCAUGGUGGAGUUUCCUCAGGGUUUGACGAGGGAAGGAGAGAACCUGGAACUGACGUGUCAAGCCAAAGGCAAACCUCAGCCACAGCGAGUCAACUGGGUGAAAGUGGACGAUGACGUGCCGUCCCAUGCCGUCAUCACUGGCGCUGAUCUUUACAUCGAAAACCUCAACAAGUCCUACAACGGAACCUACCGCUGUGUGGCGGCCAACUCACUGGGGGAGUCUUUCGACGAGUACAUCCUCUACGUCUAUGAUGCUCCCACCACUACCCCUCCACCCACCACAGCCACCACCACCACCUCCAUCACCUCCUCCUCCUCCCACCACCCUGCAGCCAGUCAAGACACUACGCCCAGCACUGAACCUGCAGCUCAUGAUUCUCGAGCCGGGGAAGGAGUCCCCAGGACAGUGGACCAUGCAGUGAUCGGGGGAGUCGUAGCCGUGGUGGUCUUCGCCAUGCUCUGUCUACUCAUUGUUUUGGGACGCUACUUUGCAAGGCACAAAGGUACCUACUUCACGCACGAAGCCAAAGGGGCGGACGACGCCGCCGACGCCGACACAGCCAUCAUCAAUGCUGAGGGGGGCCACACCAACUCUGAUGAAAAGAAGGAGUACUACAUCUAAUCAAAGCAGGACCCCGCAUCUUUUAGUGUCCUAUUUAUGGGACACUGUUGUUUCCGGGGGGGUGGGGGGGUGGGGGUAAGGUUUUGAGAGGCGAUCCAAGAUGGGAAGAAAGACACGCUUCUUUUGUCUAGUCUAGUCCGCAGAUGUAGGUGGAAUGUUUUUGUGUGUUUCAAACAAAAAAAUAAUCAAAAAGGAAGAGUUUUUAGGAAGCAGGCCGAAGGGGGGGUCAGGUGCCAGAAAUCACUGUAGAGAUCUUCUUCACCAUCCUCCCUCUUAACCACACUUUUUCACCCCCGUUGUUGUCGAGUCCAACCAUUUUUGCAGAAAAUUCUGUGCCUUGUUCGGGUUUUUUGUUGUUGUCGUGUGUGAGACGCUCAUUUGCAUCACCCCGCCCCCUCCCGUUGUCGUGUUUCUAUCACAGCGUGUCCGCUUUUGGCACGAGGGGUUUGAAGCGACACAAUGACAAAGCCACCUCAUUGGAUUCCUCCCUAAAUGUGUCGCCUGCAUAACAAGACUCCAGUAUACUGUGAUGACAAAUGCAUGGAAUGCUUUACCGUUAGUGUACAUAACAAUGAAGAAGUGACGGACUUGUAGAUGCCCCGCCCCCUUUCUCCCCUCCCCCGACCCCCGACCAGCACCACCCUUUUUAGAGUGAACUCAAAAAACGGCGGUGAGUUAUCUUUCUAUCGGUUUGAAAAGAAAUCAUCCUAUCCUUAAACGACCACCACCACGAUCAAUUUAUACUCCGCAGAGUCGAGGGCCGUCAUUCUGGGGGGGUUUUAACGUUAAUCGCCGCUCUAUUGUCAUCUCACAAGUCAUACAAAAGUAAAUAGCAAAACACUGUAUUAUACACAAAUCCUUACUACAAACUAUUUUUUACAGACGACUAGAAAUACAAUGACUGUGGUUAGUAUAAUUAUUAUUAUUGUCGAUUUUUGCUCCCAUCCGUUCAAAGAAAAACAACACUUUUUGGGGGGACUUUGCCCAUCAUCCACAUCAAUGUGAGACAAGAACACACACGUCUUUCCCUUGUCUUUGUGUUCUAGAUAGCCGCCUCAUGCUGGCAUGGGAAUUCACCUAUUUUGCCCAUAAAGCCCUCUAAAAAAAACAUCCAAAAAACGCCAACAACGCUCCUUUUACAUGCCCCUGACCAGCAUAUUGACCAAGCUGUAGCGACUUUGUUAUUUUAGGACACGGGCAUCCAAAGUCUUGGACACCCCUGCCUUAGAGAUUAGCAUUGUGCAGGGGUGUCCAAACGGUUUUCCAGCAAGGGCAACAUAGUGAAAAAUGAAAGGAUGCAACUUUGCCACUUUGAUAUUUCAUAAAGCAACACAUGUACAGUAGAUAUGCUAAGAAGUCAUAUAUACUGUACAGUCAUGGAAACAAAUAUUAGACCACCCUUGUUUCUUCACUUUAGGACUUUUAAAAAAUAACAUAUUUUUUCUUUAAUAUUUCUACUCUAUGCUAUCAAAAUGACAGAAUGAAUUAUUUUCCCUCAUAAUAUUAUGAGUUUAUUCUUGUAAAACUGCGACUGUUUUCUCCAUUUCUGCUGUUGGUUUUGUUUUAUAUUUCAACUUUCAUCUUAAAUAAUCUUUGUACGUUUUCUUUUCCGAGUAUUAUGAGUUUAUUCCAAUUCUAUCAUAACUUUUACCCACCCCUAAUUUUCCAAAAAUUAUUAAAAAAAAUGUUUUGCUUGUUUGUCAUAAUAUUAUGACUUUUUAAAAAAAAAAUGACUUUUUCCUCUAAUAUUUCAACUCAAUGCUGCUAAGCUGACAUUAUAAGUUUAUUGUUGUAAAAUUGCGACUUCUUGCGAUUGGCUGGCGACCAGUCCAGGGCGUACCCCGCCUCUUGCCCGAAGUCCCCUGGGAUAGGCUCCAGCAUGCCCCCGCGACCCUAAUGAGGAGAUGGAUGGAUUGCGACUUCUUUUCUCAUUAAAAUACAACUUUUUCCUCUUCAUAUUUUGACUUUAUUCUCAUAAAAUUACAGCCGUUUUUUCAUUUCUGUUGUUUUUUUUUUAUUUUUCUUUCUUCUUAUCAUUUUUUCUGCAACCAAAUUUUCCAAAAAUUACUACAUAAUUUGUUGUUUUCUUUGUUUUUCCAUAAUAUUGCAACCUUACAAAAAUAGCGUCUUUUUCUUUUAAUAUUUUAACUUUAUGCCACUAAAAUGAUGUUAUUUUUCCCCAUAUAUAAAACAUUAUUAUUGUUUGAUUACAGCUUUUUUCUCUUAAUACUUUUACUUUAUUCUUGUAAAACUACUGCUUAUUUUUUUUUUUUUUUCUUGUUUAAUUAUAUUUUUUGAAUGCGCCGCGAGCCAAUAAAAAAAGUAGCUGCAGACCGCAAACGGGCACACUUUGGACGCCCCCUGGCUUAAAAUGACCAAAACACUGUAAGUAUUUCAUGUUAUCAUGAAUGUGUCUGCCAGUACACGGGCACAGCAUGGACGUAAAACCUUGUUGGCAUUUUUUGGACGUUUUUUGAGAGAGCUUUAUAGGCGGAAUAGGUGAAUUCUAGAAUAGGUGAAUUCUAGAACACAAAAAAGAGGGAAAGACGUGCCUGUUCUUGUAUCACAAAGUAAUCAUGGAUGAUUGGGAAACUUUUGUUUUUCCCUUAACGGUUAUAAUUUUUGCUUGCAUGAAUGUGAGUGCUCCAUGUCUUGCUUUACGUAUACCUGCCAAAGCAAAAUUGCGCUGUUGUUUUUUUUCUGCAGAACGCCAAAAGUAAUGAACUGUUUAUUAACCGAACUUUAGUACGCAUGAAGGCGCUCGCUUCUUAAGGUUUUGUCAAAUGUGUUCACACGGAAAGCAGCAUCCCUAACGAGUCGUUCCGAUCAAAAUGGAUCUCAAUGCUUGUUGUUGUUUUGGACCCUAAUUUCCAAUCUGAGAAGAAAUGCUGAGAAGAAAACGUUUUGGCAGUAAUUUAAUGAAUGUUCUACAAUAUCUUUGUACAUAUUAUAUACACUGUGCAUAUAUUUAUUUUGUUGGUUAAAAUGACAAAAAUACUACCAAAUUUUGGAGAUACAUGUUUUCAUAUUUCAGAUAAAAAAAGUACGAAACCCUCCCAAAUCUGUGGAGGAAACACAAUAAUUGGGAAAAAGUCCCAACAUUUGCAGAAAGAAAGAAGAAAGAACAUUUUUUUCCGAUUAAAAACAAUGAAAAUUGUGGCAAACUAGAAAGAUGCUCAAAAUUUUCAGAUAUUUUUUAGGUAAAAAGACCAAAAAUUGUGGCAGCGACACAACAUUUUGAAUAAUUUCAAAAUGGCAUCAAAAUAUACUCAAAAAGUUUUGGAUUUUUUUUCGAAUUAAAAAAAAAAAGAAAGAAAAUUGUGGCGGUAACACAAAAUUUGGAAAAAAAAAAAUUCAACAUUUGCAGUUACAUAUUUACAUAUAUACAUUUGUCGGACCAAAAAUAAAAAAAAUCACGAAUUUAAAAAAUAUUUAAAAAAAUUUUAUUUGCAUAAAAAGGUACUCAAAAUUUUUAGAUUUUUUUCCCAAUAAAAAGAAUGAAAAUUUUGCGGGUACACAAAAUUUGGAAAAAAAAUUAAUCAUUUGCAGAUACAUAUUUACAUGUAUGCAUUUGUUGGACCCAAAAUAAAAAAUCACAAAUUUCAAAAAUAUUUGCUUUUGAUUUUUUUUUUCCCAAAAUAAGAAGAAGAACAAGGUGCAUAUUGGAAAAUAAAUCAAAUCUGUACACGAAGUCAACAAUAUCGACAAAAUGUGCAUUGUAAACGUGAAAACUGAAGCGGCAAAGUUAGCGAAAGAUGAAAUUUGAUUCAAAACUUUUGACCACUCCUGCACUUUUUCGGCACGUCUUGCGAAAACAAUCGUACGAUUAAAAAAAAAACAAAAAAACCUCACAAUACAAAAUAAUGGCUGAUAUUUGCAUUAUUGUUGACGUAGCGUUGGGAAAUGAAACGACGACUUCUUGCUGCCUGUGUGGACACAUUCGCCGCUGAGCACUUCACUGGCGUGUUCGGCAACUCUAGGGAAAUUCGGGAACAGCGCAGCCAUGCUUGCAAGCCAUCCUCAGUGCGUAUGAUAGCUUUAAUAUCAUCGUCACACCGUCACGACACCCUCAAGUUUCACGUUCUAGUUUGUUGCGUCUCGCACUUUUAACACUGUACCCUGACGACGACACUGUUGUUGUGUUUGUUCCGUGGUUGGUAGGCUUGGUAAAGGGUACCGAUUUGAUGUGGAUUCUUUGGUUUUGGUCUGAUCCAACAACGAAUAUUAUUAGCCGAGUUUUUAAUGUUGCUUUCUACGAAUCACAAUGCACGAUUUGUCUUUGAGCGUGAGCACACAUGACAGCUUCCAUUAGAACCCCGACGUCUUGACAAUGAAAUAAGAACUCGAUCAAUCAAAAGCAUCUAUUCCCCCAAUGCUGAUGAAUUAUUAUAUUUGCGUGCAUUCGUAUGUUUUUCCCCCCCAAGAAAUGUACUACAAAUCUCCACUACUUACUACAAUGCUCACGAAAAGUCAUUUACGAUCAGUUGUGAAAGCAAAGCAGAACAUUUAGAGACAGUAACGAUUAUUAUUCAAAUUAUUAAAUGACAAAAUGAGUCAUUCGGUGUAUCUCUGUGAGAAUUAUUUGCUAUUAAAUCAUGAAAAAUGGCGAAAAUUCCAUAAACAUGGCAACUGUAAGUGAAAGUAAAAAAUUGCAUUGGUCUGACUGACUUUCCUUUUUUCUAUAACGCCCUUAGGUUGAUGUGUGAGGUUCAGCCCCUCUCCUCUCGAUGACGUAAAAGCAAUUCAGUUGCCGAGUAUAGUAAUUUUACACCCAAACAGCAAAACAUCAAGCAUCUACUGUAUGUUGUACAUGCUUUUCUGUAUUUUCUGAACUAAUCUUUGGUGCACUGUAAUACGAUGUACAAGUACUGCUUUGUGUUGACAUCAAUUGUACAAGGAUCUGAAAAGUUGUCGUGCUACUACUACUGCUACUACUACUACUACUACUACUACUGUCACGCACCGCCGCCUUUGGAAGCUCCCAAAAAGUUUGAAUUGUGUCACCCCAGUCAUUCAUUUUUAUUUAAAAAAACAUAUUUUUUUUUUUAGAAUUGUUAUUUUGUCUCUUUGCUGUUCCUGGGAAAUGUCAUGUGUAUUAAAGGAGGAGAGGAGAGCCACAUUCCCAUACACAUUUUGUAUUGGUUCAUAAAUAGACAUUUUUACAAAAAACAAUAAAGAGUUCUUGUCUUAAUAAAAAAGAAAUGAUAUCAAUGUCCAAAAUAACAGGUGUUGUUAUUGCUGAUUUGCAGUCAUAUGCCUGCCUUGGCAACCAUUUCGCCUUGGUUUAUAAUCCCCAAAAUGUCAUUCAGUAGCCAAUCAUAUACGCUUGUUGUCUCCAUCCAAUGACAAGCUUGUAUCUCCAAAUUGGAGGAGUGUUUUUUCAUACAAAAAGCAUGUAUCGCCAAUUUAUUUAUUUAUAUAUAUAUAUAUAUUUUUUGCUUUUCUUCUUAUAUAUCUGUUUUUUGGAGAUACACAUUUUUGGAUGAAAAGAAGAAAAAGCCAAAUUUGGAGAUAUGUGUUUUUUCUCUUGUUCAGAUCAAGAAAAUAAAAGAGACGCAUGUUGUUUUAGCUUAACUGAAAAAAAUAUUGAAUUAUUCAUUUUAAUUUAAUAGUAAUUAUUUAUGAAAUAGAUAUGGGAUACAUGAAAUGAUGACAUGUGGAGUUACAUGUGUUUCAUUUUUCAGAGACAAAGAAAAAGAAAAAUCGACGACAUUCGAACUUACAGGAUUUCUUUGGUUGUUUUUUGUUAUUUACGCAUUUGAAAGAAGAACACCAAUUUGGGAGAUACAUGCGUUUAAUAGUUUGAAUUUAAGAAACAAAUCAUUCUUUUUUUUUUUUUUUUCCACAUUUUUAGAG